UUUUAUGACAUUUUGAUUUAAUAGGCAUAUAGUUAGAAAUUCAAAUUAGGGUCAGGGCGUAGGCAUAUGGACUAUGUUUUUUCUGCAAUAAUUCAUGAAUCUAAAGCUAUGGAAAACACAAAGGACAAUAAUGGUAUAGUUUGGGAGAGUUCAAAUAUGGUUAAACAAGAAUUGAGUGAUGAAAUCAUAACAUUUAUGGACAUUAAAUCAGAUGAAACAUCAGCUAUUUCAAGUUCAGAAGGAGUACAAACAAAUAUAUCAACACUCUUUUCAAAUUCUGAAGAUAUAAAGCAAAAUGUAUCAACACAAUUUUCAACUGUUAAAGACAAAUACUUGGAGGAAACAAUGCCAUUUUUAGCUUUAGAAGAUAAAAAUCUUGAUAAAACAAAGCCUUUGUUUAAUUUAGAAGAGAUGAAACAAGAUAACCUAACAUCAUUUUCAUCUUCUGAAGACAUGAAACCAAAUAAAUCAACAGCAUUUUCAAUUUUUGAAGAUAUAAAACCUGAGAUAUUAACAAUUUCAUCUUUGGAGAGUGAACAACAAAAUGGUUUCAAAGCACAGCAACAACUUUCUUCCCCACCAGAUUCAACUGAUUUUAAAGAAAAUUUCGCAGUUUUAAAAUCAAAUCUUCAGAAUGAAUUAAAAGAACUCAAGUUAUUGCAUACAAAAUUGAUUGAUAAUCUCCCAACAGAAUAUCUGAUUAGCAAUAAGGGACUGAAGACAUACAAGUGUGAUAUGUGUUGUCAAAGAUUUUUCCAUUUUGAUCAUGUUAAACAACACAUAAACAUUCACACAAGGGUGAAUCCAUAUGGUCAUGAUUUUCAUCAGCAAGAAGUUGUUAAGAUCAGUCAUGUUGAACAAAUUAACAAAAUAAACCUAGAACAGGUAUACAACAAGUCUAGUUUGUCUAAAAAGUUCACUACAAAGUCUAGUUUAUCCACACACACAAAUAUUCAUUCUGGAAUUAAUAAGCCAUAUGAAUGCUAUGUGUGUCAUAAAAAAUAUAUUAAAAAUCAUUUAGCAAACCAUAUAAAGAUACAUUUAGGAGAAAGACCAUAUGAAUGUGAUGUGUGCCAUAAAAAAUUUAGUCAGAAAGGUCAUUUAUCAGAACAUACAAAUAUUCAUUUGCCAGAGAGACCAUAUGAAUUGGCUUUUGAUUUGGUGACCCAAGAUUCUGACCAACUGGAUUCUCUAUCUCAGGAGGUCUAG